UGUUCUCACAGUCCAUCACCACCGGAAAAAAAUUAUAACGUCGAUCUUGGGGGGGCGCCCUCGACACGCAUCGAUGGGCUUGAGACAGUAUGGGGAUUGGAUUCUGUCUGGGACGAGCAGCCUCGGAGCAACCCUAAAGCUACACGGACGAUACGAGUCCCACUUUCGUUACAGUGGCAAGAGCUCAUUGUGGUAGUCUUCCCUUUCUUCAGUCGAUCCAAUCUUUUGUUGGGCACAGACAUACAGCUCUGUGGCAAAGGCUAAUUUGAGAGGAAUAACUCCUCUGCCACGCAAGUGUGUGACAGGGUAUUCCAUGGCCACUCAACCAAAACCACUUGUUCAGCACGAGAGUGAAGAUUCUCCGCGUCCGAGUCUCCCUCAUCCUGAAUACUUCCUUUGGGCUCCUGUUGCAUUCAUACCAUUGACCUAUCUCUUUUCUAGCAAGCAUCCAAAUGUCUUCUCCUCCGCAUGCAUUCUCUCAUUGGUGCCCCUUUUGAAGAUUGUGGAUCUUUGCCUUCGGGACAUAGCCCGCUCUCACCCGAGACUUGUUGCAGUCUUCUCUGCGGGCAAUAUACUCCAACAGAUGGUUGCGAUUCAUGCCCUGCAUCAGUGCCAACUCCAGUUGAUACCAAUGCUGGUCGUAGGGUGGAUACUGUGUAGUAACCUUCUAUGUUACGGCGGGUACCUCCUAGCCACAGGGAAACCAAUCACCCAAGGCCGGCCGUUAGUUGUUCACCAACUGAGGAUUAUACUCAUGUGGUCUUUCUCUUGCCACUUUAUCAUUUCACUCUCGACAUACCGCCUUUCGGAAGACACCAUUUCGCCGCGUCUGAGGACCGAUCCCUUGGGGACGAGCAGAGCUCUCGCUUUGCUCUGUUUAGUAUUGGGCCUUUAUGUCUGCUUCCGCCCACCAGCAAACGCCAACCCCGACGGAGCUGACCAUGACCAGAAUUCUAGUGUUGGUUACCCUGCCGAAUUGCUUGUGACACACAAUGUUUUUCCUGCCUACAUUGGGUUUACGUAUUCAGCGACAUCGGUGGUGCUGGCUGUGGCACUUAUUGCUAUGUAUCAUGCUUCGCGCCAUCUUUUUUCGGCGUCGCUGCAUCUUCUAUCGUUGAACAUGCGCAUGGAGGUCAUCGGUGGCCUUAUUCUGCCACUGACUAUGACAUGCCUUGUGACACUCGCAAAUACCCCAAAUUUGACUGUCAACUGGCUGGCUGAGAGUGAACGUGGCGCGAGUACAUUUCUUUUCCUAUUCCCGAUGAUCGUCCUCUUGGGUGUCACCAGCAUGAACAAACCUCUGCCAAUGAUCCUCGAACCCACCUCCAGUUUUGUCUUGUUUUUGGGCGGCUUUGUUUUCACAUCGAUCGAGUACCAGGAACCACUGAGAUUCGCUCGUCUCUCGGGAUGUGCUGUCAUUGUGGUUUAUUGUGGCCUUUUGGCAUAUCUGUUUCAGGCCGAUCCAACUCCUGAAAUUCCUGUGUUAUCCCUUCCUUGUGUAUGA